AUGGACUCGUUGCUUAAUUCAAUCACUAUCGAUCCUGCCGAAAGGAGAAAGACCCAAAACCGUCUCGCCAAACGAAAGUCGCGUAUACAUGCAGGUAAACAACAAGGGGCUAUGGAAGCGGCCAAUGCCCUUGUGGGUCGUCAACCAACAUCUGUAUUCACAUCAACACAACAAACCAUCAAAGGUAUUACAUCUAUGAAUGGCUCUGCUGAACCGCCUAAUGGGGCUGUAAGGUUGAUUCAGACUGCUUCGCCACUGAAUGAGGCGGCUGAGGACUAUAGCCACACAACGUCAGCGUCUUCAUCAUCAACGAUGGGGACGAGUCUACAAACGUGGCACAGCCAUGUUUCGUCAGAUGAAAUUACAUAUACUGGCCAAGAUAUGAACUUGUACCCGUCCUCGAUCUUUACAAAUUUGAGUCCUGGGAGUUCAAGCAGCUUGAGUAUGCAAGAUUCGAACGUGAUUCUCUGUUCACCAAUGACAUCGCCAAUGACACGACACGUUAUGCCAUCAUGUUCAAAGGACAAUUACGGCGUUCAACGCUCAAAACCUGGGUCACCAUUGCACAUAGCAUCAGCAAUGGGCCAUUUAAAGGUUGUCAAGACACUCAUCACCUACGGUGCCAACGUCAACGAGGUAGAUGCGGCGGGAUAUAGUCCUAUACACUACGCCACACGCAACAAUCAUACAGCCAUAGUUGCCUUACUACUCGAGAAAGGGGCCGAUUGGUCCUACAAUGUGAGAUCGAUUGAUACAUCAUCUGGCCUUGCUGAGGCAUUGAUUCACAUUAUCGAAACUUAA